GAACAAAAGGGCUCCUGGGACUCGGAGAACUUCUGGCUUGAUCCUUCCGUGAAAGGCCCACUGGAGACCAAGGAAGAGGAUGAUGGAAUUCGGAAAUCCCUGGACAAAUUCUAUGAAGCAUUCGGCCACCCAGUGCUGGGAUCUGGGGACCGGCUCUCUGUAUCUGUCUGCCAGUGCCUGUCUCAGAAAAUCACUGAACUCAGGGACCAGGAGAGCCAAAAGUAUGCUCGCCUCAGUUUCCAGAUGGCCAGAGUCAUCUUCAGUCGUGAUGGCUGCUCUGUUUUACGAAGGCGUUCCAGGAACACCUGCUUCUACCCUCUGGAGCAAGGAGGCAGCUCUGUGGAAAAUGAAAAGCUGACCCCAGGACUUUCGAGAGAGAUUAUUCAUUUCCUCUUGCAGCAGCCAGUGAUGAAAGACUUCUAACUGGUGCUGGAGGUGAGAGCAGGCAGUGUGGGAUGGGAAGUGCUGUUACCUGCCCCU